UUCCGUUCCCUUGACUGAGAACUGCGCUGGUUCUUCUUGACUUCAGCUGAAGUUCAGGUCUUCAUCAAGGCAACGGUUGCGGUGAAUUAGAUUGUUGUUGAAGUUAGUUGACGUAUCCUGUACUAGGGGCACUAGUUUGCUUGAUAGUUUUUCUGCACUUGAGCUUGAGGGUGGGAUUCCGCUAAACGAGCAAGAUGGUGUACGGAACAAUGUACAAGGUCGUCUACGGCAUUUCGCUGUUUGUGAUCACCGCCGUUUUGUUGUACUACAUGCUCACUGGAAGAGGAUAUCAGAUUGACAUUGAAUGGUUCUUCAACAACACUACGCCGUACAUGUGGUCAGCUCUCGGUAUUGGCCUUGCAAUUUCUCUGUCCGUGGUUGGUGCUGCCUGGGGAAUUUUCUUGACUGGAACUUCGAUUAUUGGUGGUGGUGUCAAGGCCCCUCGCAUCAAGACAAGAAACUUGAUCAGCAUCAUUUUCUGCGAGGCUGUGGCUAUUUAUGGCAUCAUCAUGGCAAUUGUGCUGAUGGGCAAGAUGGGGUCCUUCAACGCUGAUGCAUCAUACGAGAUUCUGGAACACAACAGGAAGUCCGCCUACCUGCUGUUUGGCGCUGGACUUACCGUGGGCUUGUCCAACCUGGCGUGUGGAGUUUGUGUCGGCAUUGUGGGCAGCGGUGCAGCAUUAGCUGAUGCGCAAAACCCCACACUUUUCGUGAAGGUUCUUAUUGUGGAGAUUUUCGGCAGUGCCAUUGGAUUGUUUGGCAUCAUUAUCGCUAUUAUCCAGACCAAGGGAGCUGGCAUGGGCAACUCUGUAUCGGGUUGAUUGUCUUGUUGUCGCAAGUAUUUCUAUUUCUCUCUCUCUCUGCUUUUUACAUGUGCAUACUUACUUGCUGUAUGCCGGUGUUAGCCUUAUGUUCUCUUGGAAUUGUACUGAAUUUAAAGUGCCCGUAGUGCUACGCUGUACUCGUGGCUUGCUGCCUUGGAGCUGUCCUCCUACAGCUCUGCCUUCCUGCUAGAGACAUCGUUUCUUCUUAUUUUGUUGUUGUUGUUGUUGUAUAUUUGUAGCAUGUGACAUACUUAUAAUAAUUAUUAUUUUGCCGUUCAUUUCCAAUCGGCUGCUAAUGCUACUCUUGCAUGCCACCUCUGUCCCUGGUAACGACCAUUUUAGUCAUUGAAAAUUAAUGCCCAUUUCAGAAUCUUCCUUUUUAUUUUAUUAGAAGUUGGAACAGUCGCCACUGUACUUCUGUACAUAUUACUACGAUUGGUGGUGAUUAUGUUACCACAGCAUUAUGAUUGGUGGUGGUCAUGUUGCCACAGUGUACUCGAGAGCAUAUCGUUUUGUUCUGUACGCUCUUAGCCUCUGAUAAUGGCUUGGCAUUUAGGAGAGUUACAUCAUCUGCCUCAUUAUCUGCCCGCAUUGAUUUGCUGCACUCGCGAUUUGCAGGCCUGAGUCCUUUCUGAACAGAAUGCAGCCUACUCUGAGAUGGGGCAUUCCUCUGA